ACCAGAUGCAGACAGGUCAAGACACUGACCACAUGACGCUAGCAUGUCCGCACGUACGAAUCGGUUUUAGCCAGAUAACUGGUCGAUCGCUGCAGCAAGAACAAACAGUGCCAUUUUCAGAAAAUAUGGACCUAAAUAGUCCCACGGACUUAACUCUAAAAAUUCGUCAACAGAAACCAGCAAAUUCCGAUAGCGCUGGUCCUCUCACACAUAAAGGGGAUUCAUCCCGGAGUUCAUCAGUUCAAGAAUUGCCCGAGGUCAAGCGAAUCAGGCCGCAGCCGCGUACCCCAAAUGAUAUGACGCCUUUCUCGGUGGAUGAUAUAUUGGAUCCCACCAAGUUUAGAGGGUCAGCACGCUCUCACUCUCCUUGGUUUUUCACCACGCACACAGAUUCGGAGCUGGAUCAUGAAGAUGACGAUUGUCCAGCAGACGUGGACACCGAUCAAGAAAAUGCGAAUUUGAGAGUGUCCAGCACCAAAAGUGACCAACCGGAUAAAAGUAACGACAACAGGUCAGAUAGUAAUCGCCAACCGCAAGGAGAGAAACACGGAGCAAAACCUAGCAGCAAGAAGAAAUCCGUGAACGAAAACAAGGCGGGGAAACCUCGUCGAGCUAGGACGGCUUUUACGUACGAACAGUUGGUAGCCCUGGAAAACAAGUUCAAAACAACCCGAUACCUAUCGGUGUGUGAGCGUCUAAACUUAGCACUGUCGUUACGACUAACAGAAACUCAGGUCAAAAUCUGGUUCCAAAACCGGAGAACCAAGUGGAAGAAGCAGAACCCAGGAAUGGAUGCCAACAGUCCUACGAUACCCCCGUCCCCUACAUGUAACCUUCCUAACGGAUACACAGCCAUGCCGCACUACCAGUCGCCAGCCGCUGUUGGACUCUUCUACGGCUCUCAGUUCCCGUACCUCGCGGCAACCGGCGCUGCGGGACUGCCGUUCACGAUGUUGUCUCCUGCAUCUGCUGUACAUCAAUUCGGGAUAACACAUCCUCACAUGGCUUAUCUAGGCCGGUCGUGA